AUGAGAGAGGGAAAUACACCCAUAGGACUGUCCACGACAGACCGACAGCUGGGAAGCGAGGAUAGCGGGUUCGGUAGCAGUGAACUGAGCCUGCCAUCAUUGUUGUCAAACUCAGGAAGCGACUCCGAGGUGGGCAACGAAGCAGAAGGAUACCCAAAUGAAGAAAUGACGCCACCACGCGGAUCGCGCUGUGAAAUGAAUCAACCCCUAGACAUGAGACGGCAGAGAUCAGCCAGAUGGUAUAUCUCUAUAACAAUAAGUAGUGAAGAGAUACAGGAAUACACGAAUGUGUGGAGGAGACGACAAGCAGGACCUCCAGCAAGGUUACGACGACUAGUGAGUGUACCAGACACACCGAGUAUUUGGGGACAUGACCAUGACGAGGAAAUGAACGAAGAACACUGGACAGGGGAAGUUUGCUAUGGACAAGGUAAGUCUCUAUGGAUAACAAGGAGACGUGACUGA